AUGAGUUGUGGUGUGGUGCUAAGACUGGCAAGGCUCAAGGAUGAUGCCGACAACGAUAGCGGCGAAUCUGUAAUUUACCAUGCAUACUAUGGACUUCGGACAAGGACAAAGUGGAAAAAGCAGAUGCUGUCCAACCUCAAGCAGCAACGCCGCGAUUCAAAGACGGCCACAACACUUUCAUGCCCCAGCAACCAGUUUGGCAUUGUGGAUAGCUGUUCUGACCCGAGCCCUAUAAACAUGGCCGAAACUAGCUUCCUGGGUGCGUCUGAAGUCUGCUUGAAAAGUAAUAGCGAGGCCGGUUUCACAUCUGAUUGGCUACUACGAACGAGCUUGGUUAAUUUCCCAUCCAACGAAAUCUGGAGUGGAGGACCAUUUAAUCCUUUGCCAUUUCUUCAAACUCAAUUGCCAUCCACACCAUCCCCGUCGCACCAACUUCAUUCACCAGUCCUACCACUGCCAUCGCUACCAUCCCCAACACAACUUACUCCGCAACUUUCACCACCACCACCAUCUACAUCGCUUACUUUACGAUCAAGAUCACCACCAACAGCAGCAAAAUCAGUACAAUCCGCUGCAGCAACACCACCAAAACCACCAACUUCAUCGUCACCACCGUCAACUUAUUCAGCGCUAUCAGCAUUUAAGCAAAAACAACAAGAAAGUCGGUGCCCAAGCUCUAGUUAUCUAGACCCGCAGAGUCAUGCAUUUCCGCCGUCUUUCCUUCUACCUCCGACUGGUCAAGUAAGCCGACCUGUCCCAUUUCUUUCACUUAUGCAACCUGGCUUCUCUGCUCGGACCUCUUCCCUAGGGAGUGUAGAUGCAACAAAUUCUAUCGCCCGCCUUCUCUUCACUUUGCCCAAUACCAACAUGUCCACCAGCCCCACCUACUCAUCUCCCAUAUCUAAUAUUAUCCUACCAGCCGCCAGUCAGUUGGCUCCCGAGAUUUUCAUUCAGGCUGCAGCUGCAGUGGCUACAGCGGCGGCGGCAGCAGCAGUGGCUAGUGUGGAUGGGGUCUCCGAAGCGUUGGAGAAUCCGGUCUCUAUAGCAAACUCACCAGCAUCCCUCAAUUUUACUGGCUUCAGCGACCUUUCCGAUGGGGAGCAUUACUCAAGAGGUCGGACAGAUAACCUACUUGGCACCAGGAUUGAUGAGGAGGCUGUACUAGUUGCAGCCAGGGAAGAGUGCUGCCUCGAGAGCGAAUCUAGAAAUGAUGGGACUGGCAUUCAAAGGAAUUUGAUGAAGAAUGCGAUGGGAUUAACAAAACUUUCACAAGGUUGUAUGUUAUGA